UUCCUACCCACCCUUUGGCCACUUUCAAGCAAAUCUGAUGAUGACACAAUAAUUCUAAAGACAGCAAGUUUAUCCAGAAAUCAAGAAGGUAAAGGUCACUCCAUGGAAUUUCUCCCUGCCCAGAAGCCCUUGCCUUGGGAGUGCAGCCACGGGAUUGAGCCCUUCAUGAGCAAGUGGCUGCUUUCUGUCUGGAGGGCCUGAGGGCAUUGACAUAGAAGAUGUGCGAGGAAGAAGACAGCACUGCCCUUGUUUGUGACAAUGGGUCAGGGCUUUGUAAAGCUGGCUUUGCUGGAGAUGAUGCUCCAAGAGCUGUUUUCCCUUCCAUUGUGGGUCGUCCCAGGCACCAGGGUGUGAUGGUUGGUAUGGGUCAAAAAGACAGCUACGUAGGUGACGAAGCUCAAAGCAAGAGAGGAAUCCUGACCUUGAAAUACCCCAUAGAACAUGGUAUCAUUACAAAUUGGGAUGACAUGGAGAAGAUCUGGCAUCACUCCUUCUAUAAUGAGCUCCGUGUCGCACCUGAAGAACAUCCAACUCUACUGACUGAAGCACCACUGAACCCCAAAGCCAAUCGAGAGAAAAUGACCCAGAUUAUGUUCGAGACUUUCAAUGUGCCAGCCAUGUAUGUAGCUAUUCAAGCUGUUCUGUCCCUCUAUGCCUCUGGACGUACCACAGGGAUUGUGCUUGAUUCUGGAGAUGGUGUCACUCACAAUGUGCCAAUUUACGAAGGCUAUGCCUUGCCACAUGCAAUCAUGCGUCUGGACCUGGCUGGUCGUGACCUUACAGACUACCUCAUGAAAAUCCUGACAGAACGUGGCUACUCCUUUGUGACCACUGCGGAGCGUGAAAUCGUGCGCGACAUCAAGGAGAAGCUGUGUUACGUGGCCCUGGACUUUGAAAAUGAGAUGGCCACUGCUGCCUCUUCCUCCUCUCUGGAAAAAAGCUAUGAGCUUCCUGAUGGUCAGGUGAUCACCAUUGGAAACGAACGCUUCCGCUGCCCAGAAACCCUCUUCCAGCCAUCUUUCAUUGGCAUGGAGUCUGCUGGCAUUCAUGAAACCACUUACAACAGCAUCAUGAAGUGUGACAUAGACAUCAGAAAGGAUCUUUAUGCCAACAAUGUGCUGUCUGGAGGCACUACAAUGUACCCGGGUAUUGCAGACAGGAUGCAGAAGGAAAUAACUGCUCUGGCUCCCAGCACUAUGAAGAUCAAGAUCAUUGCUCCUCCAGAGCGUAAGUACUCCGUCUGGAUUGGAGGCUCCAUUCUUGCUUCCCUGUCUACUUUCCAGCAGAUGUGGAUCAGCAAACAGGAAUAUGAUGAAGCAGGCCCAUCCAUUGUUCACCGCAAAUGCUUUUAAAUUGCCUUAUCUUUGUCUCCCUAGUGUAUCACUGUGAAUGUAUUCAGGAAAAUACAUUCUUAUAAUUUAAUUCCAUAAAUCCUUCAUCGUAAGUACUCUAAUCAAUUGGUGAAUUACUCCAACUUAAAAAAAAAACAAAACACCAAAAUCUAAACGUCUGUGGAGGCCCCUUCACAGCUGGUUUGAUGCGCCAUCUUGUGACACGGAUUUGUUACUACACCAUCCUGGGCUUGAUAGAUGUGGUGCCUUUUGCUCAAAGACACCAAUGCUAGAAAAUGUUCAGCUACCAGGCUGCAGAUUGUCAAAGUUUAGCCUAAGUGAACAUUUCAAUCUGCAAAUAGACCCUGUCUUGAUUUUGUUUCCAAAGCGCAGGGCAGUACCAAAUGAACACGGCAUCUAUUUGAUACCAGGGUGAGCAUGUGCACUCUGCAUCUGCUCUAUCCAAAAACACUAUCUAGCCACAUCACUUCUUAAUUCACAGCUUUCAUGCUAGAAAAGCUAAUUUUUUACAGUGUGUGGUCCAGAUGUACAAGGCAUACUACAAUAUUCCGUGUCUUUUUAAAAAUUUUAUUUAGACAAUUUUCUUUGAUUUUUUCUCAUUUUGCUUAUAGUCUUAAAUACAACAAAACUGAUUUUCUACUAGAAGUAUAUGCAUAGAAGCUGAUGCCAGUAAUACUGUCGAAAAGUAUGUAUACGAAUAAAGAAUCCACUGAGGUAGACCUGGAAAAGGUCAGUUCUGAGUAAUGUGCUGCAAUAUAUAUUCAUUUGAGUUCAGGAUAAAGGAUGCUAUUUAUUUUUGUUACCUAGUUUCCUGUUUAAACUCAAUAGUUUACCUCACCUGCCUGUUAUUCAUUAUCUUUCAAACUGUAAGCUCUUUGCAAUAUCACCUGUUAUUUACCAUGCCUGUGUAACCCUGGGUUCCAAAUCUUGUGCAGCUUCUGACUGUUGGAACACGUUCCAAACAUUUUUGUACUUUGUUAUUUAAAGUAUAAGUCAACUAGGUUCCUGGAACAGAUACUGAAUAAACUCUUGUAAGACCAAAUAA